UUAAGUCCUGUUCAUAAAUUGCCCAGUCUAAGGUAUUUUGCUCCAGCAGCAUGAGGGAUCCCAGUCCUCAGGAACGCCUCCAUUUCUUCCCUCUUUGGGAAGGACACUUUAGCCUUUGUAGGAUUUUUGGCUUCCACGUUUUUAUCACUUUGAAUCUAUCAAGUCUUUUGCAUUCCAGGGCUUCUAAGAGGAGGUCUUAUGAGGACCAUCUGAGGAAAUGAUGAGGACGCCUUCCUCCCUCCCAACCCCAUAGGUGUGAAGACUGAGCGCUAGAGUGUCUCAGGGGACAGAGCAUUCAGUUGUGGUAUCACAAGGUGGAUGAGGGGCUACCGCACUUUUGACGGUAAUUCCACGAAGAGAAAGGAACUGAAUGCCUUGAGUGCAGGUAGGACAAGGUCUUCCAAAGCCCAAAGUCAGUAGAAAUUUGGAGACUUGAAAUGACAAGUCCAUUGAGCUAGUGUACAAAUGUUGAUUUCUAAACAAGCAAACAUCAGUCUCCACACCCCACUGGAGCAAAAAAAAAAAACAUCUGGAGUCCUUUUCUAUUCUUAUUCUGAAAAUGGAAAAAGUUCUGGAGGCCCCAGAGGGAGAGGACCACUGGGGCUAUGGCCAGCCAUGACUGGGCCAUUUCUAGCUCUGACCUUACAAGGAGCCAUUGUGAGGAAUCUCAAACAGCCGGUAUAUAAGGGGGUGGCUGAGGCUGGGUUUUGUCCACAAGUACAGGAAGCUCUUGGUGGUGACCUGUCGGACUCCCAGAUAGUUAGUGUGUUUGGUGGUUGGCGGUUGGUGGUUGUGGUCUAUGGAUAUUGCUUUUUUGAUUUGGGUUUUUUGUUUUGUUUUUUUGUUUUGAUAACACAGGUGUAAGUAUAAAAAAUGGACUUUUAUAAUAUCUACUGAUUCAUUAAUUUACUGUAGUUACUGUCCAAUAGAUGAACUUGGUUUGACCAGUUAGUCCUAUAAAUGUAUCCAGAUAAAAUUAGGAGAUAAUAAAAUAGUAAUACUUCCUUACCAAUGUAGCAAUUAUGUUUAAAAUAAAACUUUUCCAUCUUAAUGUAACUCUUUAGCUAAAGGCCAAUGACACUUAGAAUCCCUUCAUAUAUUUAGCACAUAAAAGUGGACAUGUCAUCAUUUGAACAGUGUGUAUCCUCUUAAGUCAGUUGAAUCUGCUGUCAUGGCUCUGCAUGAAAAAUCAUGAGGGCGUUUUGGUGUUGGUUUCUAUGGAAACUGUCCUUUGAAUCCUGACGGAUUGCACAAGAAUCAUUUCCUGCCACACAGGUGUAAUGUUUGAAGAAAGAAAGGUGGUGGAGCAGAAGAAGAAUAUUGAACAACUAUAAGAGAUACAUCCUCAAUACUAGUUAUUUGAAGAACCAAUAGAUAAAAGAGAUGCUGGGAGGGUUCAAGUCAAUAGAUCAAUAGAUGGUUCUAGUUUUAGUCAAUAGAUGGUUGCUGAGCACCUGCUAGAUGCCCUGCACUGUGCCAGUGGCUGCAGCAAUGAGCAAAACGGACAAAAUUUAACAAAAAACUGUUGACACAAUUUCAGUGCCAAAAUUUAGUCUUUUUUCAAUGUCUGAGUUUUAGUUACCUAAACGUCUAAUGCACUUUGUUAUUUUCUGAUCUGUUAUUUUCAUGGACCAUAUUAACAAAAGCAUUCUUAAUAUCAUUUGUUGAAAAGUAUGUGUCCUUUUCUUAAAGAAACAUUUUUUAAAAAGUCAUUAACCUUGACUUAAACAACCGGAGAACAUGGACUUUGCUUCUGCUUUCAUUCCUUGUUCUUUUUUGUUGGUUUUGAGACAACAAUUUUAAGACAAAAACAAAAUCUUUGGGACAUUUUCAACAGCAGCAUUCACAGUGUGACAUUUUGAAUAGUGCUUUUGCUAAGGGGUGACAGUUUGGAAAAUGAUAUUUUUGUGGUUCACUUAACCUAAUUACUAAUCAGCUUAAACAUCUGAAUAUACACAAGACAAAGACCAAUGUGCUAGUCAGUUUUCCAUAGCUGUGACAAAAUACCUGGAAAAACAACUUAAAGGAGAAAAGAUUUAUUUGGCUCAUGGUUUCAGAGGUUUUAGUCCAUAUUAACUUGGCCCCAUUUCUGAGGGCAUGUGGUGAUGCAGAACAUCACCACUAGAAAGAUGUGGUAGAAUGAAUCUGCUCACCUCAUGGUGGCCAGGAAGGAGGGGAGGGGGCAGAGGAAGUGGCCAGGGAUAAGCUCCUCCCUUCCAAGGCACACCACAGUGACACGCUUUCUUCAGUUAGGCCCGCAACUACAGCCUCCCAGUAGGCUACCUCUUAAUAGACUGUUUGGUUAUGAACUUAUCAGUGGAUUAAUCCACUUAUGAGGUCAGAGUCCUGAUGAUUUAAUCACCUCCCCAACGUCCCACUUGGAACAUUGGUGUGCUAGGGACCGAGGCUUCAACACAUGAGCUUUAGGAGAACAUUCUAGGUCCAAACAAUAACAAUCAAAAUCAACAUAGGAACAUACUGAGUAGCAUAAAAAAUGACUGAAACUGCUAUGCCGGCACUCGUAUAGAUCCUAUAAAGUAUGUAUUUAUCAUAAAUUUAAUUCAAAUACUCUUAUAUUUUAAGCAAUAAUGACUUGUCCUCAUGGUAAUUUUUUUAUGUUUUUACUGGUAGUUUUAAAUUGAGUUAAAAUAUACAUACAUCUUCAGUGGAUUCUUACACUUUUUUUUUUUGGUACCAGGGAUUGAACCUAGGGUUCUCAACCACUGAGCCACAUUCUUAUCACUUUUUUAUAUUUUAUGUUGAAACAGGGUCUCACUGAGUUGCUUAGGUCUUCCCUAAGUUAACUUGAACUUGGUAAUCCUCCUGCCUCAUUCUCCAGAGCCUCUGGGAUUACAGGAACUGAGAAGCCCAUUUGGAUCCCGGAGCGCUGCACUAGACCGGUGAAUGAAAAUUCAAGACAAAAUGAAGUUCCCAAGAUGGCUGAUCCUGCCACUGUUGUUCUCACCCCUUCAAGUGAGUGCCAAGACACACCUCAUGAGCUGGACCCCGCUUGUGACAUUCCUUCUGGACAGGUUUGUUGAAGGAGGGCUUGACCCCCCACCUGGGAAUAUUCAUGAAUAUCUUUUUGGAGCCCCUUGUGAGUGUAAGGGAGGGCCCCGGCACUCGGCCCCCUCUGGUUAUAUCCAGAGCAUUGAUUGUGGGACUAAAGUAGCCUAUAUGGCGGCUGAAAUCAAUCAAAACAUCGGAGGAUUUGAGCAACCAAAAUGGGUAUGUGUUAAUAAGCCCGGACUUGUUGUCCCUAAUCCGACCGAGACUCUUGGAAGCUGUCCCGCCACUUGUCAUUACACCCCGGCAAUGCACAUCUCCUGUUAUACAUCGGCCUCAAUUUGUGUUAAUAAUCAAGAAAAACAGUAUUUUGAGGCCAUCCUAACUAACACCCGUGGAGAAUGGGGGACCACUUAUAAUUAUAUUCCUUUUCUUGGUGACCGGGGAGGGGAAGGCAUCACGACUCGGUUAAUGGAGGCGGGAUGUGAGGGCGUCGUGGGUAAACCUUCCUGUUGGCCCAUGCAGGCCCCCAUCGGAAUCUAUGAUGGAGGGGGACCCACUGAUGCUAUCAAACACCUUCAGGUGAUUAAGCUUUUAAAGCCAGAGAUCCCUAAGCCUACAUACCAUCCCUUGAUAUUGCCCAAAUCCCAGCUUCCUGAUUUAGAUGCCAAUACAUUAGAUAUCCUAGAAACUACCUUUUCUUUACUUAGUAGUUCCAACCCUACCCUUGCUGGUGAUUGCUGGCUCUGCAUGACGGCAGGUGCAGUCAUGCCAUUGGCGGUUCCCAUCAAUUAUACCAUUGAUGAUGACAACACAUGUCAAUCUGGGCUACCCUUUAAGGUGCAGCCUCUAGGUGGUUUUAUGUCAUGCCUUCUGGGCAUGAUACAAAAUAAUACCUAUGAUGUUGAUGUUGGAGUCUCUUCCUUUGAAAACUGCUCAUUAGUAAAGAAUUACUCCUCACCUACUCCGCCCAUUUGUCCCCCUAAUGGUACAGUCUUUAUGUGUGGUGGAAAUUUAGCUUUUCCCAGGCUCCCAGCAAAUUGGACUGGCGGUUGCGUUCUCACAUUACUGCUUCCUGAUAUCACGAUUAUCUCAGGAGAUGAACCCCUACCUAUUCCUAGCCUAGACAUCUUAGUUAGAAGACACAAGAGAGCUGUGCAGGCCUUACCACUCCUUGUUGGCCUUGGAAUAACCGCUGCUGUGGGCACAGGCACGGCGGGAUUGGAUACGGCUAUACAUUCUUACCGCCGCCUAUCUCAACAGCUUAUAGAUGAUGUGCAAACCCUAUCGGGAACCAUUAAAGACUUACAAGACCAGAUAGACUCUCUAACAAAAGUAGUUCUUCAGAACAGGCGGGGUUUAGACUUACUUACUGCCAAUCAAGGGGGAAUUUGUUUAGCCCUUGGGGAGAGGUGCUGUUUUUAUGCUAACAAAUCUGACAUAGUUCGCACAAAAAUUAAACAACUCCAAGAAGACCUAGAAAAAAGGAGGAGGGAAUUAUUUGAGAACCCUCUCUGGACUGGACUUAAUGGAUUUUUGCCUUAUCUUCUUCCCUUAUUGGGACCAUUGUUAGGCCUCCUUCUAGUAGUGACAAUAGGACCCUACAUUGUAAAUAAGAUAGUACAAUUCAUUAAAGAUCAAAUUAAUAUCUUAGCCUCUAAGCCGAUACAGGUUCACUAUCAACGCUUAAAGAUGGAUGAUCGCCUCUCUGAGAUAUACUUCAGACCGAUCCGAAGAUGAGUGUCCUCCUUAAAAGAAGAACUCCUGCCAUAUCUUUUCUCUAUGCAUACCUCUCCCUUUUGCCUUCCUGUACUAGGAUCUUUGCUGUCUAAUCUCUCAGUCCAAUCACAUCUGCCAUUCGGCGGUGAUGGUCGUGGGUCCCGUAGGUGGAGACGGUUAAGAGUUCACCGGUUAAGUGUUCACCACAAUAAUGUCUUGAUAGGUCAUAACACCUUGAGCUGAUCUUGUAGUACCCAGUGACGGGCAACUUUCACGCUUGCUGUGCGACCUAAGCCAGGGAAUCGGGGCCUUCCCAGAGACGGGUAAGCAUCGCAAGGGCUGUGAACGACCUAAGACAGGGGCUACUUGAUUCCCACUGACAUGCAAAAAACAAAAGAGGGGGACUUGUUGGCAGCAGGUCCACCCUGGCCCCUGGAGCCCUACCUCCACUAGUUUGUUCUGCAUGCCAGUGUGGCCAGCUCACAAGGCCAUGGUGAACUUGCGGUUUUUCUGUUCCUGCUUGUCCGUCUGAGACAUAUGUAUCCCACGGGAAUGCCUUGACCUUUUCUGGUCUGAUGGACUUAUUGUUAAGGGAGGUUUCGGUACCUGACAAUAAUAGAUGUUGAAACUAAAUUUCUCCCCCCUCCCUCCUGCUUUUGGGUAGUUUUCCACUUCUUCUGCUUGGGGUAUAAAAAAAGGUGUGUUAGCAAUAAAGAUUAUUAUUGACUCCUGGAUGAAGAACCUUGGUGUCCUGUGUGUCUUUUAACCUCGCCAUCCCUCGCCGGACUCGGCUCCCUUGGCCGGACGCGGCAACAGAGGAUGAUGACAAAAUGAAACCAUUGGUAAGUAGGAAAUUCAUAUUUUACUAUCCCAAAGCUGCUUUUUUAUUAAAAUAUUUUUAUUGAAGUAUUAAUCGCAGUAAACUCAUUGGCUUCUCAAGACUUAGGCAAAAUCUGCAAACAAUGGCCAGAAUUAAUGCCCUGCCAAAAAUAGGAUGUGGUUUUUCUUAAUGACGAAAAAGACUAGAAGUCAUACAGUUUUUCUUUACCUUGGAGGAAAUAUUAUAAGCUUAUAUAAAUUUAUGGAAAAAAUGAAACUAAACACCCAUUCAUUUACCAUCUGGGUUUGCUAUAUUUUGUUACUUUUUAGCAUAUUUGUUUUUUUCUUUUCUUGUUUUGUAAAAUAUGAACUUGAGACUCACAAUUCCUGAAUAUGAGGGCUUUAUUUUAAUCUGUUCAAGAGAAAUAUCAUAAUCAUUUAGCAGUUUGAAAGUACCAAUUAGUUCAGAGAAUUUCACAAUCCUAUUGUCCAUUUCUUUUGAGGGCCACAGCCGAGUAGGGAUGACGCAUGGCAUUUUUGCCAGAAGUAGUGGUUGAGAGGUGACGUGAGACAUUAAGAUGAUGACUUUUGAGUUCUGGGGAGUUCCUGUUGAGUUCUGCUUGAGCUCUCGUGGGGAUUCCCAGAGAGUUCCCAUUGAUUGGGGAAGUGCCAGAGGAGGGAUAUUUCUGGUUGCUGGUUCCAGGAGCCACGUGGCAUUCAGGGGAGUUCCCGGGAGUGUGUGUGGAGUGUGCUGGUGGAGUUCAGAAAUAAAGUUUGUUCCUGCUUCAGUGGCUUGUGAUUUGUGCCCAGCCAGACUGCGGCACAUUUCACUCAAGAGGAUUCCUUCCUUGCAUAGGGAUUAAAACACAAUCCUCAUCCCUACUAAGAUCAAUGAGGGGCUCCAUUCCUUGAAUCCACUGUGAGCUGCUCAACUUGCUGCUGAGGUUUCAUUUCUAUCUCUAAUUUUUGCCCCUGGCUCUAUUUCUAUUUUUAUUGCAAUUAUGAUAUGGAAAAAAAAGAUUUCUUUUGUAAUAUUUCCCCAGAAAUUUAAGCUUUUUGCCUAUUAGCAGGAGCAUUUUCAGAUAUAUGAGAUCUUCAUAUUCUCAUGUGUUUUCUAGAAAACAUGUUGAAGUAGGUAGAGCCAUGUGUCACAUAACGUUAUUUCAACUAACAAUGGGCUGCACAUAUGUUGUAGUCAACUUUGUGCCAUUAUGACCAAUAUAUCCAACAAGUAUAACUUGGAGAAGGAAAAGUGUAUUUUGGCUCAUUGUUUCAGUGGUUCAGACCAUGGUCCACCAACCCUAUAGCCUUGGGCCUGAGGUGAGGCAGAACAUCAUGAGAGAUGGGCAUGGUGGAGAAAAACUGCUCAGUUCAUGACAUCCAGGAAGCAGGGGUCGGGGAGGGGACACAGAGCUCUGCUCACCAGAGACAAAAUAUGAACUCCAAAGGCAUGCCCCAGUCACCUACUUCCUCUAGCCACGUCCUACCUGUAUACAGUUACCACUCAUUAAUACAUUUACAUUAUUAAUCCAUCAAAUGGAUUAACCCACUGACUAGGUUACAUGUCCCAUAAUCUAAUCUCUUCACCUCUGCACAUCCCUGCAUUGUCUCACACAUGAGCUUUUGGGAGACACCUCAUAUUCAAUCAGUAACAACAUAUGACAGUGGUCCUAUACAAGGUUUCAAUACAUAGCCAUCUGGGUUUGUGGAAGUAUACUUUCUGACACGCACAGCAUGACGAAAUCACUCAAUGACACAUUUGUCAGGAAAUAUCCCUGCACUUAGUGCUGGGUGACUGUACUUUCAGUGAAUACCUCUUAUGGCCAUAAAUAUGUGCCUUUAAACAAACAUUAAUGCACUCUGAGUAGAUACAAAUAUUUGAGCCUCCUUGAAAGCUUCAGGUUACAAAUAGAUGUAUGUGUUUUUUAAAUGUAUUUUUAUCUACAGACUUUUUAAUGCACUUGAGUUACGCUGCAAAAAUAAAAUUAGAUUCUACUAUAUAAUGAAAUUUGAAAGUUGCAGUGUGUGUGUUAGCCAGAACUCUUCCUUAUCUAAGUCUUGCAUUUCACAGAGCCAUAUCGCAAUGGAGACCAAACCAUUCACAGUAUGUAGAAGGGUGGAUGGAUGGUAUAGAGACAAUACACAUUACAUAAUCAAGGGGAUCCUAUGUUCUUUGUUCAAGUCCUUUAGGGAACUGAUAGGUAUCCAUCUAAGUCAUCCAUCAGGUCUCAUCAAAAGGGCCCCUCUCACAAGAUGUGUUUUCAGAGAAUAUUCUGUUAAGUCACCACUCAUCAAAUUAUGGUUAGAAAAACAAAAAAAGCUUUACCUUUACUUUGGGUGUCAGCUAGGUUCUUCCCUUCUCUGUAGUCACCUCUCACGCCACAGGCUGCAUGUCAUCCACAAGGGGAGGAACCACCGUCCCCAAACGGCACUUAUACUCCUAUCAAACCUUGGUUCAUUUCUUUUUUUUAUCCUUGACAUCUUUGUGACUUUGGCAAGGCAUUUAAAGUAAAAGUGUUGGUGUUUAUUCAAUUGAAAGGUAGCUUGUAGCAAGAAUUAUAUUUAAUUUGCUUUAUGACCUGAAGUAAUGGUUUUUUCAAAUUUUAAGGAAAUCUUUCUAUGAAAUAAAUCUGCUUCUUCUAUCUUAUCUUGAAUUAUUGUAUAGAAAUACACUGUGCUGAUAAUCUUUUUAAUUCAGCCCUAGCUGAUUAAAUUUAUGUGAUUUCCAAUUUUUUUGCUGAUAACUCUAAUUUUGAGUAUAUUUUUCAUCAUUUGUGACUAUUCAUAAUUAUAAUCACUAAGGUAAACUGACAAAUUACCAUAUAGAAACUUCUGAACAUUUUACCCUCAGACCAUCUCUAUGCGAGGAGUAUUUUCUUUAGCUUUACCCACGGUUAUCAUGGUCAAUCUUCUCGGUCUUUAUCAAUGUAAUACAAAUACUCAAAGAAUACAUUAUUAUUUGUAAAAUUUUUGCAUUUCUUCUUUGAUUACUAAUAGUCACCAUUUUUAAAAUUUGUUUUUCUGUCACUGAUAUUUUUCUCUCAUUGAAUUCUUAAUUCAUUUUUUUUUGCCAAAUUUUCUAUUGGACAAGUUAUCUUUCUCCUGUGAUACAUAAGAAAUACUUAUGCUUUGAAAUAGAAAAUAUUAUUAUUACUUCCCACUCAUGGAUUCAUAUCUUAACAUAUUUUAUUUACUUUGACUUUAUAGGAAUUUAUUUGUUUUCUGGGAAGUCCUAUCAAGCAUUGUCUUUUUGUGUUCUGGCUCUCAUUAUUAUGUUAACUAGUCAUUUACUGAGGGCAUGUAAUGAACCUAGACACAUACAAGAGGCAGCUGGAUUAUAUUAAAUGAGAUACGCAGUAAUUUCCUCCCCAUUCCAAGAUAUCAAUACAAUUUAAUUACAUUUUAUCUAAUAUUUUAUAUAUUAUAAAAAUAUUUUUGUUAAUUUGUAUUUUUUCUUUAAUCCAUCUCUAACAUGUAAAAGAUUAGAGGCAUGAAGUAAAACAAGAUUUUUCUGUUUUAAAACUUUUAAUUCGUUAUUUUUAGUUAUACUUGACAGCAGAAUGUAUUUUGACAUAUCAUACAUCAAGUAUAAUUUCCCAUUUUUGUGGUUGUACAUGAUGUGGAGUUACACUAGUCAUGUAUUCAUAUAUGAACAAAGUUAUGUCUGAUUCACUCUACGACCUUUCCCAUUUCCAUCUCCCCUUACCCCAUCAUCCCUGUCCAAUCUGGUGAACCUCCAUUCCUCCCUCCAUGCACCUAUUAUGAGUCAGCAUCUGCAUAUCAGAAAAAACAUCUGGUCUUUGGUUUUUUGAAAUUGGUUUAUUUCACCUAGCACGAUAGUCUCCAGUUCCAUCCAUUUACUGGCAAACGUUGUAAUUUCUUUUUUCUUUCAGGCUGUGUAAUAUUCCAUUGUGAUAUGUACCACAUUUUUUUAAUCCAUUUAUCUAUUGGAAGGCACCUAGAUUAGUUCCUAUCUAUCAUGAAUUGAGCUGCUAUGAACAUUGAUGUGGCCACAUCACUACAGUAGGCUGAUUUUAGAUCCCUUGGAUAUAUGCUAAGGAGUGAAAUAACUAGGUCAAACUUGGAAUGUUUCCAUUCCAAGUUUUCUGAGGACUCUCCAUACUGCUUUCCUGAGUAGUUGCACCAAUUUGCUGCCCCACCAGCAAUGUAUGAGUGUACCUCUUUCCUCACAUUUUAAAAACUGCUUUCUUGGUUUCAUGCCACAGAGCAGCCACAAAAGUGACUUUCUCUAUUCUUGCAACCCCUAGAUUUAUUUUUCUUCAUGAUUAUAUAUCAUUGCCCUAAUGAUGUUUAUUUUGAUUAUUUUUUUUCUGUCUAUUCAAAUGCCAUUAUUAGAGUACAUACUUGGAUUUCUUACUGGGUUGCUUAUUUAAAAAAAUAGAUUGAUUAGUUUGUUCCUUCACUAGCAUCAAAUUAAUUUCAUCAUAUAGCUGCAUAAUAGAUUUUGUAUCUUGUAGUGCAAAUAACCCCUGUACUCCAUUGCUCAUUCAUUUUAGAAAUAUCCAAGUUGCACAUAACAUGGUAAUUAUUCAAGAUUAAUUUUAGGAUCAUUUUUUUUUCCAAGUUAAAAAAUCCAUUAGCCUUACUUGGUGUACCAUUUAGAGACAAGUUUGUGGUUAAUUUGAAAAAAAAAAAAAUUAAAUUUAGUUUUUUUUGUGCAAGGUCAUCUCCACCUGCCUCUGCAGUUCCAAUCUCUCCUUCUCCACCUUGCUACACACCCUGGGAGGCUGAUUCUUACAGAUCUCAGCAAUUGACUGGGCCCACUUUAAAUCAGUAUAAGCAAUCAGGGGGCCAGGAGACAGCAAAGUCUGGUUUUCUGACUCCUUUCCCUUUUACCUAAAUCAUCUUCCUCUUCUAUCAUAUGUAAGUACUUCUGUCCCUAAGGCCUUAUCAGGAGCCCCCUCUUGCUAUUCAACCCAAAGUCAGGCGACUACCUAUUGCCUCUUCCCGAUGGACAGGUCUGUGAGAGGGGAUGGCACCAGUCCUCGCUACCCCAGCCUCCUUCUCUUCUAUCUGUUCCACCUAAGGCUGCCCUGGGUCUUUUCCAUCACCUCUUUACACCUGGCCUCUGGUUCCCACCAGCACACCGUGUGGCACACCAUUCACAGCCAGAGGCUUCCAUUUUCAUUUCAUUGCUCUUCUGUGUUUUCAGUAGUUCAGUAAUUUAAAGUUCCUGCACAUAUUUUUGCCAAGUAUUUUCCCUUAAACUUAUUUUAAAUAAGUAUAAAUAAAUAAACAAGCUACAGGAGUGCUGCUGGAUCCUAUAUCUUCUCUAUGAGCCCCUUGAUUUUGCUCCGUAUUUCAGAGGAUUUUUAAGUACAUACAUGCUCAGAAGUAUUUACAUGUGUAGAAAGAAGGAAGAGUUAACCAUUUGGGUUAUUAGACUCAGAUACUUUCUUUUUCCUUUCUUCACCUAAGCAAAAGACUAAGUGAACACUUUGCUUUUCCUGAAUAUUAGAAUAAUCAUACGACAAAAAUUCGGAAUUAAAGAUAGGCACAAACCAUGAAGCUAUUGAGAAUGAACCCGUGUCCAGCAUUGUCCGCAUCAAUCCAGAGUUGAAUUGAUGAUGAUGAAACACAUAUGAAGCCCUCUAAAUUACAUUAUUAAUUGCAUUAGAAAGGCUGUCAGGCACAACAGUUAUGUCUCUGCUCAAAUAAGUUUCCAUUUUCAAGCAUGAGAGUCCUUUGGCCCAUCCUCAAAGGCCCUCAGAACCUGGCCAGGCACACAGCUCUGGAUGCUCCUCUGAUGGGUGUCCUCAUCUGCUCAGGAUCUGCACAUUGGCAUGUUCCAGAGUCAGGCCUUGGGCCUCCUCUUUCUUGGAGGCCUCUUGCUUCGUCUCAGCUACUUCUGAUCCCAUCCAGGAAAAUGGCCAAGAGUCCUGUGUGGGGGUGUCUAGUCACUCUUCAGGCUGCAGAUCUGCCUUCUCUUUACUUUCUGCUCUGAGGCUUCUCCUAACCUUCAUUGGAAGAGGCUUAGCAAACAUUCACACUCAGCAUGAAAAUUCUAGUGAGUUCAGUGCCCUGGCUGGGUCCUCCACACCCAAGGAAGCAAAGCUGAUGGAUAAACAUUUCUCCAGUAUGUCUUCAGGGGGGUCAGACUGUGAAGCACUUAAAUAAUUUUUAGGAGCCCAUAUGGGCUUCAACCAGCAAGACCACAGGGGCAACGCUGCCCCAGCUCUUUGAUCCCAGAUCCUGCCCACACAUGUCUCUGAUGUCAGAAAUGGAGAGACAGGAUGCAAUGUUUGACCUCCUGGGUUUUGGUUUUGUUUGGAUCCCUUCCUUCCUAUGUUACCUUUCUUUCAUUUUGGAAUGGGAAUUCUUACCCUGUAUCUGUCCCCAUCUUAUAUUGAAUGUAUACAAAUCAUUUUUUAAAUUUUUAUAAGGGCUCACAGCUAAGAGUUUGCCUUGAGUCUCAGAGGAGAUGGUGGAUUUGGACCAUUUAAGUGAAGUUGGAAGUGUAAACUCUGGGGGCUCUUGGAGAUGGACCGAAUGAAUUUUGCAUUGUGUGAUGGACAUGAGCCUUUGGUGGCCAGUGACAGAAGGUUAUGGUUUGAAUAUGAGUGUCACCCAAAGACUUAUGUGUUGAAGGCUUGGUCCCCAGUGAAACAAUGUUCAGAAGUGGGGCUUUUAGGAGAUGAUUAGAACAUGAUGGCUAUAACCUCAUCAGUGGAUUGAUCCAUUUGAAUAUUAAUAAUUUGAAAGGAUUAUUAUAAGUUGAAGAAAAUUGCAGGAGAUGGAGUCCAGUUGGAGGAAGUAGGUCACUGGUGACAUGCCUUAGAAGGAUAUUUCUUGUCCCUGGCCCCUCUCUCCUCCCCACUUCUUGAACUACUAUGAACUGAGCAGCCUUCUUUCACCAUGUCCCUCUGCCAUGAUGCUCCGCCAUGCCUCAGGCUCAGACAAAUGGAGCCAACUUACCAUGGACCGAAACUCUGAAACUCUGAACCAAAAUGAGUCUUACCUCCUUUGAGUUGUUCAUGUCAGGAAUUUUGGUCACAUGAUGACUAACACACUGAGUAUGGUUCUACUUUACCUUUCUUUUAUUGGGAGGAGGAUGAGUAUCCUUUCACACACUGUUUGUUGUUUUUCCAUCUGUAGAUUCUUCUGUUGAAUGUCUGCUGACAAUUUGCCCAUGGUGAGGAUACAUGCCCCUUGAAGAGAAUGAGGAUAUGAAGAACCCCUCACAAGAGAAUCAAGGCCUCCUUGUUUAUUGCCUAUGUGGGAUAGUGCCUGUACGAACCAUAUGCCGCUGUCCUAAGCUAAGUAAUGUUUUUGGAUACAACUCUACAGUUGGGAGUUUGUGAUACAUUAUAACAACUUAUAUGAACCGCUUGCCAUCUAUGCCAGUGUUUUAUAAAGUGAGUAUAAAUAUAUGAAUUUUACUUAUUCAAAGUUCAUUCUUCUGAUAACUUGGUUUUCUGUUUAUAACUCCACUGAGUAUAUAGGACAAUGAUAGAAACUAAUAUCUGUGUUGAAGUUGGGCGGGAGGAAAAUCAGGUUCAUAUUUCUAGAGGUUUGAAGCAGAACAGAAAGGAUUGAAUAAUUGGAUAAUGAAUAAAUAUUUUGUACUUAAUUUACAUCUUUGACUUCUACACAUCAUAUACAGUUAAAUCAACUCUACUGCUAACUUAUGAGAUUUGUGACAAAUAACUAACAGAGAAAUUACUUCUUCAUGUUGGAGACAAAAGGUGUUGACUCCCCAGAGAUAUGUUAGGUAUGUAGCAUUUAUUUUCCUUCCUUAAUAAUGAGUUUAUUGAUCAAUAACAGCAUUUGAUAUGUUCGUGGAAAUAUCCUGAGGUUACUGUUGCGUGAGAUAAAAUUAGAAUGAGAUUUCCAUGCUUCCUCUCUUUAGAAGGCUAAUCAGUCCUGCAGUAUCUUCAAGGAGAUCUACAUGUUUCAAUGGAUGGAUGGAACUAUUGCAGAUACCAUUCCUUCUUGACUACUAAUCCAAGAACAUUGGCUUCAAAGAAAAAUAUAUGCUCCUCAAUUCUCAAUAUGUUUCUAAAUUUUGAGUAAUAUAAAAUACAUUUGUACAAGAUUUUCUUUGGUGCCGAGAUUUUGGACAUUUGUGAAGGAAAAUCAAUAGAGUCUGAAAUUAAAAAAGACUUCUCAUGUGCAUAGAUGUAGAAUGUACUAUUUCUAUCCUUAGUUAAAUUUGACUUAAUGAUUGUUAUGGCUAGGCAGGUGAUUUUGAUUGUGAAAGUGCUCCAAUAACUGGUUCUAAAUCUUGAAUUGUUUGUAUUUAUUCUGAGUCAUCUGUUUGGUUCAGUUCAUUUUAAAUCAUACUAAGUAAAUAUUACAUAUCUGAUGAUGUGUUGGUCACUCUUAAUGUAUGUUAAUGUUUUUAAUGUUGAAGGUAUUUAAAAAUUUUGUGAUUCCCUAAAGUUUUAUUUAAAGGCCCUCAAUAAUACACCAUUUUUAAAGGACUACUAUGCAAAGAUAAUGCUUGUCAGUGCUAUAGUUCAACAUGGGCAUUUUCAACAAUGAAACUUGAUGGCUAUAACCCUUUCUGUCUGCCUGUAGCAUUUACUAGACUUUGGGCCAAACUCUUUCUGAGUGCACGUAAUUUUAUAAGUGCUUAGAAAGAAAAUAGUCUGAAAUAUAUUCUUAAAGUGCAGAAGUUAUGUGUUUUUGUACAUAUACAUUUAAAUUUAUUUUUAACUAAAAGUAAAAACAAUGUUCAUAUUCAUGGAUUCCAUGUGACAUUUCAGUACAUGUAUGUAUUGUGUAAUGUUUGAAUCAGGGUAAACAUAGCCAUCUUCUCAAACAUUCAUCAUUUCUAUAUGGAGAAAAAAUUCAAAUUCCUCGCUUCUUUGUUUUAAAUUUUUUUAUUGUUGGUUGUUCAAAACAUUACAUAGUUCUUGAUAUAUCAUAUUUCACACUUUGAUUCAAGUGGGUUAUGAACUCCCAUUUUUACCCUGUAUACAGAUUGCAGAAUCACUUCAGUUACACAUCCAUUGAUUUACAUAUUGCCAUACUAGUGUCUGUUGUAUUCUGCUGCCUUUCCUAUCCUCUACUAUCCCCCAUCCCCUCCCCUUCCCUGCCCUCUUCCCUCUCUACCCUCUCUACUGUCAUUCAUUUCUCCCCCUUGUAUUAUUUUCCCCUUUCCCCUCACUUCCUCUUGUAUGUACUUUUGUAUAACCCUGAGGGUCUCCUUCCAUUUCCAUGCAAUUUCCCUUCUCUCUCCCUUUCCCUCCCACCUCUCAUCCCAGUUUAAUGUUAAUCUUCUUCUCAUGCUCUUCAUCCCUACUCUGUUCUUAGUUACUCUCCUUAUAUCAAAGAAGACAUUUGGCAUUUGUUUUUUAGGGAUUGGCUAGCUUCACUUAGCAUAAUCUGCUCUAAUGCCAUCCAUUUCCCUGCAAAUUCUAUGAUUUUGUCAUUUUUUAAUGCAGAGUAAUACUCCAUUGUGUAUAAAUGCCACAUUUUUUUUUAUCCAUCCGUCUAUUGAAGGGCAUCUAGGUUGGUUCCACAGUCUUGCUAUUGUGAAUUGUGCUGCUAUGAACAUCGAUGUAGCAGUGUCCCUGUAGCAUGCUCUUUUUAGGUCUUUAGGGAAUAGACCGAGAAGGGGAAUAGCUGGGUCAAAUGGUGGUUCCAUCCCCAACUUUCCAAGAAAUCUCCAUACUGCUUUCCAAAUUGGCUGCACCAAUUUGCAGUCCCACUAGCAAUGUACAAGUGUACCCUUUUCCCCACAUCCUCGCCAGCAUUUGUUGUUGUUUGACUUCAUAAUGGCUGCCAAUCUUACUGGAGUGAGAUGGUAUCUUAGAGUGGUUUUGAUUUGCAUUUCUCUGACUGCUAGAGAUGGUGAGCAUUUUUUCAUGUACUUGUUGAUUGAUUAUAUGUCCUCCUCUGAGAAGUGUCUGUCCUCGCUUCUUUUUAAGACAAUAAUGCCAUCAAAUAUCUGAGAGCUACUUAAUUCUUAAAGAAAAUUUCAGGUGUGCACUCAGAGAAAGCUAACUUAAACACUAAAUUAAAUAGAGCAACAGCAUUUGAUGGAGGACACUUGUUUCUGAAAAUUCAUAAAUAGAAUUCCACCAGUGAAAUCGUAGGGAGGGUGGAUCUACAAGGGAAUCCUAGUACUUAAAGGAAACUGGAAGUGACAACUCUUGGGAGGGCCUGAUCUAGCCCUCGUGUGAACAGACAAUUCUUCUCUCUCCAGUCUCAGCUAAUAUUUGUGAAAUUUGUAUUGCACUUAUAGGAAUAGACCCAUAAAAAUGGUUCUAAUAAAUAAACAUUUUAGCUUUAUUAAUAUCAACAGGCACAUCUGAAUGAUGUGGAACUAUUCCAUUAGGAACGAUGUCAUCAUCUGGCUUUUUAUUCUGCUGAAUGUCUCUGGAUGCAGGGAUUAUGGGAAUAUGUUGAAAUCCUGGAGAAAGCUUCAAAAUGAUCUCAGUCUACAUCUCUGCCCUUUCCCCUCUCAGUCAGUCUAGUACUUCCACAGUUAGGAUUUGACCAUGACUGAGAUUUGAUUCUGGUUACCUGGCAUCUAGAAAAGAAGGCAGGCAUAAUUUCCGAAAAUGGCUGGCCAUCUUCUUAGAGGUACCUACGUGCUUCAUUUGAGGUCAGAAAGAGGGGGUUACUUCUGCCAGUUCCUAAGACUCAGGAGAAUCUGCUGUUCAAGAGUCUCAGUUGCAUCUAUUCCAAUAAUCUGAGUUUACAUCCAGUUUAUUCAUUCCUCUCUUGUUAGGGCUCCUGAUGUUAGUACAGGAGACUUUUCUUGGCUGAAGAUUCAGCCUUCUCCAAUGUUAUACUUCUCUUACAAGUAAGUUCUGCAUGCUUAGCCCUCUAACUAUGAGUCUGUAAACACUGGGAAGAAAGCCUAUGACUCUUUUUGCUGAAAUGGGUGAUGAGUCAACCUGGGCCAUCAUUUUUCUCUCCUCGGUGCAUCCGUGGUGCCCAGGAAUGGCCACUCAGUUCUGCAGUCCUUAACGCUUGUCCAUCUUUCCUCCUUGAAAAUGGCUGAGACUCCACUACUGUGUCCCAUCCAGCCAUGCAGCAUCCUGGGUCUCCACAGGCCGCGUCUCAGUGUCCCCACUGCCACAGUGUGCGAGGGAAACACACCUUCCUGCGGUGAUGAGCUUGUGACCCAAAUCCAGGAUCUCCGUCCCUCAGUGUUAACUCUGAAGUACCACAGCAGGUCUCUUAGAUGGAGCCGCUGAGGCAGGGGUCCUUGGGAAAGUGAUUUAUUGAGGAAAUACUCCCAGAAAAACUCUGAAAGGAAUGAAUGGAACAGGGCGGAGAGGAGAUAAUAUUCGUGCUACUUGGUUUCUUUAACCUCAUCUUAUGGGGAACUUGGGGGUAAAGUCACACCACAGAGGGUUUCAUGUUGAGACAAAGAGGACUGUCAGGCAGUCAUUGGCCAUGAGCUACUUCCAGACAGAGGAUCCUCACCUAAUCCUUGCCUGGACUCCAAGGUAUGCUGGGCAAUGUGGCUUCCACAGGCAAAAUGGCUCCCACGGGCUAAGGACAUUCCCCAGUGAGCAAGAACAGUACAGGCGAGAGCCAUGGGCAGCCAACACCUACAGCAUGUGAUGGUGUUGUAAGGGAGAAGGGUUUCUUUCCUUGACCAUUGCAAGGUUUAUGGCUGACAUCCCUUUAACAAAGGCAGAUUAACAAGAGAAAAUCAUUCAUACUUAUUUAGUGUAAAUUUUAUGUGAUAUGUAGUUUCAUAAAUAAAUCCUAAACACACAGGAAAGCUUCCUUUCAGCGGGAGCCCUGACAUCCAGGCAUAGAAGCCAGAUGACCUCCUGCCCCAUUCAGACUCCGACCCACAGAAUCCAUGAGCAUGAAAAAGGGCCAGGUCACUGAGAUACAGGGUGAAUACGUGACAUUCUGCAUGUGUCACUUAUUGUCCUCCACUAUGAUGUAACGUCUGUGGAGACAGGAGUUUUUAUACAUUUACUUCUCAGAUAUGUGUCCAAGACCUCCUCACCUGCCUAGACCACAGGAGGUAUUCAGUAAGUAUUUAUUAAACAAAA